AUGAGGGAUAUAGCUGCCCAAAUGAACUCAUUGGAGUUCACUUUUUCAGAGACAUUCCUUUUCCAAUUUAUACUCAACUCCUUGCCUGCUGAAUAUGGGUCAUUCAAGAUUUCUUAUAACACGCAUAAGGAAAAAUGGUCAGUUAAGGAAUUGCUUACCAUGUGUGUUCAAGAGGAGGGGAGAUUGAAUCAGGAGAAGCUAGAAAGUACUCACCUAGUGACUCAUAGAAAGGGACAUAUCAAAAAGGGUAUGCAAUUUAAGAAGAAGGGGAAUGCAUCAACUAGCAAAGUUGAUGAUAAGGGUACCAUCAAGUGCUUCUUCUGCAAAAAGAAAGGGCACAUGAAAAAGGAAUGCCUUAAGUAUAAGGCUUGGCUGCUUAAAAAGGGGUUCAAUCAACCUAAGGAGACCGACGAAAAGUGA